GUCAAUAAUUUAUCUACAAACUUAUGCAAAAGGAUUGUAGCAACCAAACGAGCCCAAAGUUUUGCCGUUGUUCCCUAUUCCUCCCCUCUCGCUUCAGGUUUUCGGAACCAAUCCCGUAUCCUCUGUUCGCACACCGCAGGCACCCGACCCUUCUCUCUUACGCUCCCGUUUGGUCCGCUCCAAGGAGGCCGCAAGCCUCACGAUCUCCUGCCAAACCGAAUUCCCACCCUGCUCGGCCCGUCCAGAGGAGCCGCAGGUCCUCGCAAGCGCACGCUCGACUCGGCUCGACCUUCUCUCUGCACAGAGGUUGGUAUAAUUAUAUAAUACCAAAGAUACUGUAUGCAGUUAUGGAUUUGAACCUUUCAAGAUUCACUAAUCCCAAGGGUUCAAGUUGUUCCGCAACUCAAAACUUAUAUGUGGCCAAUUGUGGUCCAGCUGUAGGCAUAUCAUUUGAGGAUAUCAAAUCUGUCUUUAGUAUCUUUGGAGAAGUGGUUGGGAUUCAUGCUGCUGAUGAUAGCGGCACUCGUGUUAUUGUUUGCUAUUCAGAGUUAAUUGCUGCUAAAGCGGCUUUUGAAACUUUAAAUGGAUGUCGUUGUGGAGCCCUUGGUGGACGAAUUUUGCAUAUUCGCUACUCAAUUCUGCAACCACCACCAAAGGUUAACAUCAAUGAUUCACUUUCCGUAUCUUUGUUGUCAUCAGAACUAGCAAUUCCAGGAAUUUUCCUGGUACAUGACUUCAUUACUUCUGAGGAAGAGCAGGAACUCCUUGCUGCAGUUGAUAGUAAACCAUGGAAUAAUCUUUCAAAAAGAAGAGUCCAGCACUAUGGUUAUGAGUUCCUCUAUCAAACAAGGAAUGUUGAUACCAAACAGUUCCUGGGUGAACUUCCACCAUUUGUUUCUCCGAUAAUUGAAAAAAUUUCAUCAUUUCAAGGCAUAAGUGAGAACGAAGGCCAACUGGUUGAUCAACUGACGGUUAAUGAUUAUCCACCAGGGAUAGGCCUAUCGCCUCAUAUUGACACGCAUUCAGCAUUUGAUGAUAUGAUCUUUAGCCUUUCAUUAGCUGGACCAUGCAUUAUGGAGUUCAGGAAGUAUUCCCUGGGGUCAUGUCAUUCAAGGAAAGCUAUUUUCCUUCCUCCUCGGUCAAUGCUUUUGUUGUCCGGGGAAGGACGAUAUGGUUGGCAUCACUACAUUCCACAUCAUAAGGUUGAUGUUGUUCGAAGGAAGAUGAUUAGAAGAUAUUCAAGGAGGGUUUCUCUCACUUUCCGGAAGGUUAGGACGGGACCUUGCCAAUGCAAAUUCUCUCAGUACUGCGAUUCUCAGAAGAUGCUCAAAGUUGUCUGAGGAUACUUGCUUCAAAAACUAUAAGAGAUAUAUAGGCAAUUUGCUGAUAUUCAUCUUAUAGUUCGUUGGAGUCAGUUCAGAUGUGUCAACACAUAAUGCUAGUUCAGGAAUGACCCAAAAGUAGAUUUAUGGUGCAGCCAUCUAUUUUGCUUGAAAAUGAGAAGAAAUGUAAAUUGACUAUACUGUAGCACUUAAUUUUUUUUUUUUUUUAACUUUAUUACAUGCUGCCCAUUUUGGUUUGGCAAGGUAGACCAUCGAAUGCAAGACGUGAACAUCAAGCUCAUGUCAGCUUGCCUGCGGCAAGUCAAGGAAAAAGAGCUUCAGAGAAUUAGUAUUUAUAGAGUACAUCUUCGUACAGAUUUUUUAAUUUUCAUUUUAUAUAUGCCAAACGUUAUAUCAUUAGUUCU